UGGGCUGAGGAAGACAGAUGCUUAGUUUCCUGCCAAGGGUCUGUUGCCUCAGCCCAGCCACAUGCCCCAGGAGUUGGAGAGUGGCCACUUUUGCACAUUCCUUGGAAAGACACCAUGAGGCGAGUGGUACGACAGAGCAAGUUCCGGCAUGUAUUUGGGCAAGCGGUGAAAAAUGACCAGUGUUACGACGACAUCCGGGUUUCUCGUGUGACCUGGGACAGUUCCUUCUGUGCUGUCAAUCCCAGAUUUGUUGCCAUAAUCAUAGAAGCGAGUGGGGGAGGAGCAUUCCUUGUGCUUCCUUUGCACAAGACUGGUCGAAUUGACAAAUCCUACCCUACGGUAUGUGGCCACACAGGACCUGUGCUCGACAUAGACUGGUGCCCGCAUAAUGACCAAGUCAUUGCCAGUGGCUCGGAGGAUUGCACAGUCAUGGUAUGGCAGAUCCCGGAAAAUGGACUCACCCUUUCCCUGACGGAACCUGUGGUGAUCCUAGAAGGCCACUCGAAGAGGGUGGGCAUCGUGGCCUGGCACCCGACCGCUCGCAAUGUGCUUCUCAGCGCAGGCUGUGAUAAUGCCAUCAUCAUCUGGAAUGUGGGGACCGGGGAAGCCCUCAUCAACUUGGAUGAUAUGCACUCGGACAUGAUAUACAACGUCAGCUGGAACCGCAACGGCAGUCUGAUCUGCACGGCUUCCAAAGACAAGAAAGUGAGAGUCAUUGAUCCCAGGAAACAGGAGCUCGUUGCAGAGAAGGAGAAGGCACACGAAGGAGCAAGGCCCAUGAGAGCCAUCUUCCUGGCUGACGGCAAUGUCUUCACCACUGGUUUCAGCCGCAUGAGUGAGCGGCAGCUGGCUCUCUGGAAUCCGAAAAAUAUGCAAGAACCAAUUGCUCUUCACGAAAUGGACACUAGCAACGGGGUGUUGCUGCCGUUCUAUGAUCCUGACACUAGUAUCAUUUACUUAUGUGGGAAGGGCGACAGCAGUAUCCGCUACUUUGAGAUCACGGAUGAAUCCCCAUAUGUCCACUACCUCAACACAUUCAGCAGCAAAGAGCCUCAGAGAGGGAUGGGCUACAUGCCCAAGAGGGGACUGGAUGUGAACAAAUGUGAGAUCGCCAGAUUCUUCAAACUGCACGAGAGAAAGUGUGAGCCCAUUAUCAUGACUGUUCCCAGGAAGUCUGACCUUUUCCAAGACGAUCUGUAUCCCGACACAGCGGGGCCGGAAGCUGCGCUGGAAGCGGAAGAGUGGUUCGAGGGGAAGAAUGCAGACCCCGUCCUCAUCUCCUUGAAGCACGGGUACAUCCCAGGCAAAAACAGGGAUCUCAAAGUGGUCAGGAAGAACGUCCUGGACAGCAAGCCCACGGCAAACAGGAAGUGCGACCUGAUACACGCGCCCCAGAAAACCGCAGACACGGCCAGUGUGCAAAAUGAAGCCAAGCUGGAUGAGAUUUUAAAAGAGAUCAAGUCUAUAAAAGACACGAUCUGCAAUCAAGAUGAGCGCAUUUCCAAGUUAGAGCAGCAGAUGGCGAAGAUUGCGGCCUGAAGGGCCUACCACCCUCCCAACACGGGAGCAAGGCCUUGCGCUUGGCAGCUGGUUGUUGGUGUGGUCCUUGAGAGGGACGGGGCGGCACUGGCAGUGGAGACACGCAGCUCACAUCUGUCGACCAGCGAUAAGCCACAUUCCAGUGAGAGCCCAACCCGUCUCCCCAAUUUGCAGAAACAAAACGUGAUUGAGAAGCUGAGCUUUUUUCCAAAAGCUUUUUUGAUGUUUUAAGUGUUACGUGACUCGUUGAACUUUUAAAAGACAAAAGUGCUACUUUGAAAAAAAUCCCAGAUACCCUGAAUUUUAGAAAACAAACCAAGUCUGAUUCAGUGUCAUGCCCGAGUACCUUUUUUUACGAACAGGGACCAAUGCCACACUGCUUUUUGUAUUUCUUUCUUCCUUUCUUUCUUUUUUUUUAAUGUUGCCAAAACCAAAAGUAGCUUUUCCCCCCCUUUGUAUUUUGCUACUUUGCAGUAUUUGUGUGUGGUUUUCUUUUUUCCUUAAUUUGAAAGGGACAGCACUGUGUAUGUUUAUAAAGGAGAUGAAGAUAAGAUGCUAUUUUGUAUAGACGUUCUUGGGGAACAGUCAGAGCAGUGGCCAAGCCGUGCUGGCUCCGUGGCAGCACAAACGCGGUCACCCUCCUGCCGGUGCAGAAGGAAGACUUGAGAAUUCACAGGGCCUCGUGACGCCACCCUGCAGGUCACUGAGUCUUCUGAGCAAAAAGCUCACAUCCUCUCUGUUCCUUUCUAGGCUUUUUCUUUUCUGGAAAUUGGGUGGUUGUACCGGAGUGGAAUUCUGCUUCUUGGUGAUCCUGUACUUCAGAUGAUUAUAAUCUAGCCCAAA